AUAGCCAUCCGAGAAUCAAAUUAAACCAAACAUGCUCUCACAACCAAAGCAGUGUCGCAAUUCGGAUCCUUCCUCCAAAGCACAACUACAAAACACUAAUAAGUUCAACCUUGAUCCAGCCAAAUCGGAUCCAACCUGACCAAAUCACAAUGCUGACUGACUGAGAUGACAUCUCUUGUGUUUGUUGCUCUCAAACAAAACAAAAUUAGCAAUACCAUCUUCUCUCAUAUGCGCCGGAGAUUUGCACCGCCGAUCAUACACCAGGGGAUUGAUCGAUCGAUCGUAUGAAUCCCGCUUCAAUUACCCAUCCACUUCCCAAUAUUCAUGUGCCCAGAAUACUAUGGCUAUGGCGGAUUUAUUGAAGGUGGAAGAGGAAAAAUUUCAGAAUUAGGGUUUCGUUUCCGUCGGGGCACCCAGAGAUGGCCCGGCAAAUGGCGACGAGCGCUUUCCACAAACCCAAAACACUGGACAACAAAUAUAUGCUUGGAGAUGAAAUUGGGAAAGGAGCGUAUGGGAGAGUGUACAAGGGUUUGGUUUUGGAGAAUGGGGAUUUUGUUGCAAUCAAGCAAGUGUCUCUAGAGAAUAUAGUCCAGGAGGAUCUCAACAUUAUUAUGCAAGAGAUUGAUCUGCUGAAGAAUCUAAAUCAUAAGAAUAUUGUGAAGUAUCUUGGAUCAUUGAAGACAAAGACUCAUCUUCACAUUAUACUUGAGUAUGUGGAAAAUGGUUCACUUGCUAACAUUGUUAAGCCAAAUAAGUUUGGGCCCUUUCCAGAGUCCUUAGUGGCUGUCUAUAUAGCUCAGGUAUUAGAAGGUCUGGUUUAUCUACAUGAACAAGGGGUAAUUCAUCGUGAUAUCAAGGGAGCCAAUAUUUUGCUUACAAAAGAGGGUCUUGUGAAACUUGCAGAUUUCGGAGUUGCCACAAAGCUGACUGAAGCAGAUUUUAAUACACAUUCGGUCGCUGGAACGCCUUAUUGGAUGGCACCUGAGGUCAUUGAAAUGUCGGGAGUUUGUGCAGCAUCAGACAUUUGGAGUGUUGGGUGCACUGUGAUUGAGCUUUUAACAUGUGUACCCCCAUAUUAUGAUCUCCAACCCAUGCCUGCGCUCUUUAGGAUUGUACAGGAUGAGCAUCCGCCAAUUCCAGAGAGUCUAUCUCCAGAUAUUAACGAUUUUCUGCUGCAGUGCUUUAAGAAGGAUGCCAGGCAGAGGCCUGAUGCAAGGGCAUUACUUUCACACCCUUGGAUCCAAAAUUCAAGACGUGCACUGCAGAGAUCUCUGCGUUAUAGCAGAUCGCUAAGAAACAUUGAUGAAGUUGAGUCAGAGGAAGCUGUAUCAAAUGGAGGUGAAAGAAGACAUGUUGUGUUAACUUCUUCUGCUGAGAAAGAAUUUCAGCAGCUACCAUCAGAGGCGGAAAUUGUCCGGAAGUCUAUUGAUAAUGGUGUUUCCAAUGCUAAUCAUGCAGAUGGAAGGCCCGAUAACCUUGUUGAUAAUUUGGUUUCUAAUCAUGCCCCUACUAUAAAUGAGAGGUUAGAUAAGCAAACUAGCUCCAGUAGACUGGUAGGCGACAAUGAGCCAUCGUGUUCUUAUUUUCCGGGAGACAAAACAUCCGAAUUUGAUCAGCGGGCUGACAUUCUGAAAACUGAUGAGUUGAACCCUUAUGGUUCAACAAAGGAAAAUACUGCUGUUGCAAAAUUUGACAGAAAAAGUACAUUUAAUGCGGAAUAUAGUAAAAGAAACAAGGACUAUAGUCCUCGAAAGGUUGUGAGAGCGCCAAUUCAUUUGGGAGGACAUGAACUGAGCAAGUUUAGUGAUCUUCCAAAUGAUGCUUCUUUGGAUGACUUGUUUCAUCCUUUGGAGGAAUUGGACGAUGAGAUGCCCGAAGCCUCUACUUCUGCUUCUGCUUCAUCUGAGAAAAAAGGUGACAGAGUCCCUAACAAUCGAAAGACUGAUCUGGCUACAAGGUUAAGAGCUACAAUAGCUAAAAAACAGAAAGAGAAUGGAUCAGCUCAGGCUAAUGGUGGUGACCUAAUUCGUCUAAUGAUGGGUGUCUUAAAGGAAGAUGCAACUGAUAAUAAUAACAAUCUGGGGUUUGAAGAUAAAUUACCUCCAGAAAAUGCCUUUCAUAUUCAGGCUGUUCAAUUUUCCAAGUUAGUGUCAUGUUUGAGGCCGGAUGAACCAGAAGAGGUAAUCCUAUCUGCUUGUCAAAAGCUAACUACCUUUUUAAAGCAGCGACCAGAGCAGAAAAUUGUGUUCAUUAAACAACAUGGUUUGCUUCCUCUAAUGGAGCUACUUGAAGUCCAAAGUUCUCAUGUUAUAAGUUCAGUGAUCCACGUUCUCAAUCUAAUAGUCAAAGAUAACACUGAUAUUCUAGAGAGUGCUUGUCUAAUAGGCCUUAUACCUGUAGUACUGAAUUUUGCUGUUCCAGAACGUCCCAGGGAAGUCCGGUUGGAGACUGCAUUCUUUAUUCAGCAACUCUGUCAGUCAAGCUCCUUGACCUUGCAAAUGUUUAUUGCUUGUCGUGGUAUACUCAUCCUGGUGGGAUUUUUAGAGCCUGAUUACGCAAAAUAUAGGGAAAUGGUUCAUAUGGCAAUUGAUGGCAUGUGGCAGGUUUUCAAACUUGAUAAAUCUCAUUCUAGGAAUGAUUUUUGUCGUAUAGCUUCCAAGAAUGGGAUAUUGUUGAGACUUGUUAACACUCUCUAUAGUCUAAAUGAGGCAGCUCGUCUAUCUUCAAUUGCUUCUGGAGGUGGUUUCCCUUCAAAUUUGUUAGGACCACAUCAUAGAUUUGGUUCUGUGGAUUCCCUUGUGCAGUUGGAUACGCCAGGGAACCAGGCUUAUGAACUUGAUAACCUUGAAGUCAAUCGAGGAGGUCAGUUGUCACAAGCUGGACUCCAGGAACAUUCCCAAGCUUCUGGUUCACUGUCACCUGAAUCAAAAAUUUUCACAACAGAUGCUAAUAAGCCUCGAUCAAGCUCAAUGGAUGCUUCUGGUACUACAAAAGUGUCAGAUCCUUUGUCUUCAGACAGGGGAUCAAACUCUUUAACAAGGGAUCAUCAUUCACCUAUAUUUAGAGAUCAGGAAAGUGUAGAUAGGUGGAGAAAUGAACCUGCUAGAGCUGAAGCUGAAGACAAGCACCCCCACAGGGUAAGUGAAUGCAACAGAGAUAGAAAUUCAAAAUCAGCAGAGGCAGUAAUGGAUGGAUCACGUUUAUCAUCUGCAAGCCAACAAGAGAACCUUCAACCUCUUCUUAGCGUAUUGGAUAAAGAACCUCCAUCACUCCGGUUGUCUGGCCAGCUUGGGUAUGCACCACAUUUCACAGGGACAGAUAAAUAUGAAAGCGUUUUACCUCCAUCACAAGCAUCUGCCAACAAGAAAACAAAUGGACUUGAUUAUUUGAUGGCUGAAUUUUCAGAGGUUUCUGUACGAGGUAGGGAGAACUCUGCUGACGAAUCAUUGCCUAGAAGUUUAUCCAGAGCUACCAGUAAAAAAUUAGGGCAUCAGACAUCUAAUGCUCGGGUUGGAUCACCUGCUGCAUCUGGUGUCUUGUCUGGUUCUGGAGUUUUAAUUUCCAGAUCAUUAAGUGGAACUUCAUCUGGGCUACUUACACAUGCAGUAUCCCCAUGGAAUAUUGAUAUUGCCCAGGAGUAUCUGCAAAAGGUGGCAGACCUUCUCCUCGAGUUCGCUGCAGCAGACACAGCAGUAAAAUCUUACAUGUGCAGCCAAAGUUUGCUAAGUCGGCUUUUUCAGAUGUUCAACAAAAUAGAACCACCUAUUCUUUUGAAGUUGUUAAAGUGUAUAAAUCAUCUCUCGAUGGACCCACACUGUUUAGAACAACUUCAGCGAGCAGAUGCUAUCAAAUAUCUGGUCCCGAACCUUGAUCUAAAUGAAGGUUCUCUUGUGCAACAAAUACACCAUGAGGUCCUUAAUUCCCUGUUCAACCUAUGCAAGAUUAACAAGAGAAGACAAGAGCAAGCGGCAGAAAAUGGGAUCAUUCCCCAUUUAAUGCAAUUUAUUGUCUCAGGUUCUCCUUUGAAGCAGUAUGCAUUGCCUCUGUUAUGUGAUAUGGCUCAUGCAUCUCGCAAUGCAAGAGAACAAUUACGAGCUCAUGGAGGCUUGGAUGUUUACCUGAACCUUCUCGAAGAUGAGCUCUGGUCAGUGACUGCAUUAGACUCAAUGGCUGUAUGUCUGGCUCAUGACAGUGAAAACAGGAAAGUGGAGCAGGCUUUGCUUAAAAAAGAAGCUGCACAGAAACUGGUUUCUUUUUUCCAGCACUGUACAGAACAACAAUUUCUGCACAUACUGGAGCCUUUCUUGAAAAUAAUUACGAAAUCACCUCGAAUAAACACUACUUUGGCAGUUAAUGGUUUGACACCGCUAUUAAUCAGCAGACUUGACCAUCCUGAUGCAAUAGCCCGAUUGAAUUUGCUUAAGUUGAUAAAGGCUGUAUAUGAGCAUCACCCUCGUCCAAAGCAAUUGAUUGUGGAGAACGACCUACCUCAGAAGCUUCAGAAUUUGAUCGAGGAGAGAAGAGAUGGGCAGAGCUCUGGAGGCCAAGUAUUGGUUAAACAAAUGGCAACUUCACUCCUGAAAGCACUCCAUAUCAACACAGUUUUGUAAAUUCUGCCGUGAGUUCUUCGCAACUUAUGCUUAUGUAAUUCUUUGCUCAUGCACUAGUUUUUUUAUGUUCCAUUCAUUUCUAUUUUGCUCUUCUCCCUCACUUUUUUCCCCCUCUGCAUCAAAACUAAGUGUACUUAUUAUCAUUAUGAUGGAAUUCCAUUACAUGUAUGUAUUAUAUAGGUUGCCCCAUAUCUUCAUGUAUAUGACACUAACUCCAUUAUAAGUAUUUUCAAUCACCAUGAUUGC